GUAGCAGAUUGCAGACCAACCGAAACAAAAAAUCAAUAUUUAACUACAAAAUAAACAGACUGUGAAACAGCGAUAUUUGCGGAAAAAUACACAAACUAUUUAAAAAUGUUACUCAAAAGAAAUCUGCUUGAAUUCGUAACCAUAAUUUCCUGCAGUGGCACAGUUAUUUGCCUAUUGUUACAUUAUUUUACUAAUUUAUCCCCAAUAUCUGGUGGUUACCUGAUCUCUUACCUAAUUGCGACAUUUGUAGGCUCUCUAUUCUUUAGUUUUAAGUUUAUACAGUACUUAUUGCACCUGAACAAACCGUUAAAGUAUGAUUUGGAGCGGUUCGAAGGUUACUCUCAGAUCUUUGGCCGUGUUUUACCUCGUCCGCCUAAACUUCCAAAGAAUGAGGUUUCUAAAGAAUAUGAUACAAAUGAAUUGAGUGUGAUAAGUACAGUUUUGGAGAAAAAACUGGUGUCCUCUUGGUACCUCCCUUAUGUAUCGCAGGAGAUUGGAUUCCCAUUUGCAUGUAAACAAAUGCUGGAUCAGAUGAUUGGGAAGACCUUCCAGAUCUGUAAUAAAAUAGAAACAAAAGAUGUCUACGUAGACAUGUGUUCAAUAAUGGUCAUGCACUUAAAAGAAUACAAAAAAGCAUUAAAACGUCACGAAAAAUCUCCAAAGGAUAAUAUCGAGAAUCUUUACAAAAAGUCACACUCAUUAUUCAACGGUGACCAUAACACAGUCGAUGCGACUGACCACUGUACGAAUAUUAUACGAUUAAUACUGAAAGAACUGAUAUCAUGGGAACUUUGGGAUACACCGCAUUCCGAAUUGCUAGUUAGAAUACUAUCGAAAAAGCUAGACAAUUUCAUUAAUAACACUUUGGCUAAUCCUCAGUGGCUGAAUGAUAGACUAAUGACAAUUUUAAAGGGAAAAGAAGUGAUAAUUCCCAAAGAGAAAGUUUCUAAUUUUGAUGUGAAAGAAGAAAUCAAACAAGAAAUUUUAGUGGAAGAAACGAAAAUGGAGCCUACAGUGCAGUCUGCUCAAAGUAAUUUAAUCACCAACAGUUCAGCUCCGGUUUUACUUAGAGACGUUAAAGAAGAGUAUGCCGAACAGAUAAAGAUGCAAGAUAUCGUUGAAGAAGUGCCAGUGACCUCGUCAGAACCGGUUGAUAUAAAGUCGUCGCCGAUUUUGAGACAACGUCGCGGAAGGCAGGGCAGGAAUGAGGUGAAGAUUUAUGAUAGGAUCAUUGAGGGUAGUGUCAAAACAUGGGAGACAGACUUAGACCUGCAAUGUAUCAGCUUGGGUCAAGACCUUCUGGCCAGCCUGGACGGAGAGAUCACGCUCAGCCGGCUGUGGGGGCAGGACGCGGAGCCCGAGGGGAGCCCUAACCCGCCGAGGAACAAGUCGCCGCAGCCUCUGUGGUUUGGCGAAGAAGACGCAAUUGACGUGGAAAUGGACACCACCACGAGCCCACAAAAAACAAGUCCAGUUCGCAAGGAACACAGCCCUAAGCCGGCCGAUGCCCUUCUGAAGGACCUUCAGACGACAGUUCACCAAGCUAAGACCAAAAUAGGCGACCUCCAGGUCUCGAACCCUGCCAAAAUAGAUGUGCCCCACAAGCGCUCCGGUGAUGAAGCGGCAGGCAUGAUGGAAGGUCUUCUCGACUUCGGCAUCGCUGGUCUAAAGAAGGGCCUUCGAUUCACUGGGCUGAGUGAUGAUUCUCAGGAGAAGUCUCCGUCGCACCAUAAAAGCGACAAGGUGUCCCCCGCGACCGACGCUAAAACCAGAAUGGAGCGAGACAUUGGUAUCUCGUCAGUUAUACAAAAAGAGGAUAACGGAACGCCAGCUGCAGCGCCGCCAUUAAUAAAACAACAAAGGGUCAUAUCACAAGACAGCUUGCCAUCUCAAGCGAAACCCGUACUGAAAGGAGAUAUACCGCCGUUGUCUUCCCUCGUUCCGCUGUCAGACUCCCCCGAGCCGGAGUACGAGGAGGCGGCGGAUUUGUCCGCGAGCAUCGCAAAAUUACGGUGUCUUUUACAGCAGAGGGAAACUGCGCCGAGACCUGAGAUAUGGUGGGGUGAAGAAUCGAGAGGCCGAUCCCAUGACAGACAUAUAGACACAGCAACACUCGCUGAUGAGUACGACCAAUUGAGCCUGGAUAGGAAUUCACCGGGGCAGACUGCUAAAUCUGAUGGAAUGCAGAGAUUGGAUAGAUUGUUCCAACGAACAGUGACAGGGGUAUUCAACUCCAUAAAGACGGCUGUGGGUGGGGAGGGAGCCGAUGGGGGGGAGGCGCCCCGCCACCAGCACGACUGGACGUACGUCUGCACGUCUGCGGAGGCUAGCGCGAGCGGCGCGCUGUGCCGGCUGCUGGCGCGGCGCGCGCACGCGCACGUGGACGCCGCGCUCGACUCGCUGCGGCUCGCCGCCACCGACUGUAACGACAGCCAGGACGUCAUCCCCGAUGAUUUUGAGGAAUGGCUUUGGACAAGUGGUAAAUCUUGGAGUGCUGUGAGCGAGCUGGUCACCGCGGGGGGACUUCUACGGUCUCAUGUGGCUGUGAGGCUCGCCACUGUUAUAUGUGCAGAUCUGGGCGAGCUGAUAAUCAACUCGUGGCUGGAGCAGGUGGGCCCUUGGCUCCGUGCCCAGGUCUUCCUCAGUUUCCGGGACAUGGAGCGGGACUCCACGGAACAGGAGCCGCUGAGGGAACUCCGCCUGGAAGACACUGUCGCCGCCGUUGUGAAUGCUGUACCUGCAAUUCUAAUAUUCGGCGAGGAGACAGUGACUGCUUCGGUUCGCUUUAUGCUGUCGAGCGUCAGUCACGCUGCUAUCAACAAGGACCUGUCUCUGCGUUUACUGGACGUGCUAUCAACGCAUUUCAAGAAGUCUGCCGCCGCUAGGAACCCGUCUUUUGACGCUAAUUAAUACAUAUAUAUAUAUAUAGUCAUGUUUAUAUCCCUUGCGUGGUAGACAGGGUCAACAGUCUUGAAGACUGAAAGGCCUCGUUCUGUUGUAUUAUAAUUAUAAUAAAUAUAAAUAUAUAUAUAUACUUAUACGGGUCAAAUUACACAGAUUGAGUUAGCCUCGAAGUAAGUUCGAGACUUGUGUUACGAGAUAUUAACUCAACGAUACUUUAUUUUAUAAUAAAUACUUAUAUAAGAUAAACAUCCAAGACCCAGGCAAAUUAUAAAGAGAGACCUGCAAAAACCUAAAAAUAAAAAAUAUGAUUACUGUCUUUAUCCCUAACGGUGUAGACAGAGCCAACAACGGCUACGUUCAGCUGUAUGUAUGUUAGUGAAACUGCCAAAAUAUGUACCUACAUACAUAUAGUCACGUCUAUUUCCCUUGCGGGGUAUACAGAGCCAACAGUCUUAAAAAGACUGAUAGGCCACGUUCAGCCAAAUAUGUACUCAAAUAAAUUAUAAUAUCCUUUAAAUAAAAUGAAUUAAUAAUAACUAGUCCUUUAAGUAUAAGAUUCUUCCAUCUGUUGGUGGUUUUAUGAACCUCGUGACGCUGUGAAGUGUUAUAGAUUAGAAAUUAACACAAAGAUAUGUAUGAUAAUAAAGAUUUUUUUAUAAUAGAAGGUAGUUUUAAAAAUUUGUUUAAUAUUUAUGUUUUGCAAGUAAAUCGGGUGUCUAUUUGAAUUUUUUGACACAUUUUUCCAUGUCAUUUUGAGCUUUACUUAUUGUCUUAAAGACUUUAUUAUUUUGAUUGUACCUCUAAGUAGAUACAUAUGAGAAAAGAUUAAAGUUGUAAAAAAUAUUUUUAGUUUAGGUAGGUAUAUUCCAUGACUGUUAAAGCUUUAAUUAUUUUUUAUCUCUAAGACGUUUAAAUUUAUUGUUUUUAUUUGAAGUAGGUUGAUAUGUUUUCAAUAAAAUUAAUUACGUAUUCACAACGAGGGUUAAGGUUAGGUAGUAAUUA